AUUGCAAAAAAAGAUAAGAAAAUUAGGUAUUAAUAUGCACAGAAAGGAGAUACGGUCAUUUUGAUCCAUAUUCACUUACUAUCCUACAUUAAUACAAACAUACAAGCUUUUAUAUAAAUUUUAUUAAACCGCCUUAUCUGAAAGAUUUCGUCAUUUCAACCUUGAUUGUCGUAUGGGGUACUUGAAAGAAAAUCACACACAUGGAAAUUAACUCUCAUCGUUGCCUAAAUUGUAUAAAUUUCUAACGAAACAUUCAAAAUUUAAUUGUAAAGGAUUUUUUUUACAUAUAAUUAACAGAAAUAGAAAUGUGUGAUAUAUUUAAGGAGGAAUUCAGGUUGGCACAUUUCGGAUUAUCUCACAACCGUCGUGAAGACUUCAUAUCUUGUCAAUGGAAUUGGCAUCCAUUGGUGUACGUCAUAUACCGGAUUUUGGCGGCGGCAUAUUUGACGGUGUUUUUCAUCACCAUUGUAAUCAUAUUCUCACAAGAGGGCAACACAACUUUCAUGGCGUAUUUGACAUUGUGGACAUACCUGUUGUUGACCUUGUACUUCCUGUUUUCGGCCAUAGCUGUCGUCUUCUACACGUGCUGUAGAAGAGAGCUGCGACAAAGUGGGCACCAGGUAAUACUGUACACAUCAUCUGAGACACAAAAGGAAGCCAUACAAGGAUACAAUAACAUUGCUUUUGUUGAAAAUGGUGUCAAGAAUUCCGAGCUGAAUGGAACAAGUAUGUCUAACGGCUGUCCUAUUGAAAUAAACGGCAAUGCAAAGUCACAAAAUAAUGACAAUGACAAUUUGCGUGAAGAAAUCACAUCUUUUAUGAAAAUAUGUUGGGUACUUGGAAAUACGGUCCAGGUUUUUGCCAUUGUGGUCACGCUAGUCUACUUUACAGCUCUUUUCCCUCUUAUAGGGUACACAAAUUUUGUAGAUGUUAACUUGCAUGGUGUAAACAGUUUUCUCGUAAUUGUUGACACGUGCCUUUCUUCGAGACCAGUUCGCCUAUUACACGUGAUUCACCCCGUGAUUUACGGCAUGUGCUAUCUUAUAUUUAGCGCCAUCUACUGGAGUUUUGACCACGUGAACAAUGUGCUGUAUCCGGGUGUACUUGAUUGGAAUGAUCCCGGAACCACGGCGAUAUGGAUUGCUGGCUUAACUCUGGUAGGCAUACCACUGUUACAGUUGGCUCAUUUUGGUGCAUAUCGUUUAAAAUUAUAUAUCUCCAGUCGAGAAUAACAAACAGGUUAAAAUACAGUCAGAAUCUCUGUCAUAGAGGCCGAAAUUAAAUAAUUGAGACAAAGAGUCAUAAAAACAAAAAUGAAAUAAAUAAAUGGGCAGCUAAUUUAUCUUUUCGACGAUCGAAAAAUUUGACGUCAGCAGGUACAUUAUAUUUGAAGUCAUCAUAAUUGCCAUCUUAAAUUACUUAUUUGAAGGUGUUGCAGGAACUGACGCCGACAAAACCGUGAUCAGUGAUCACUGCAAUUCAGCUUUACUAUGCUAUUCAAGAUCCAGAACGACCUAGUCUAAGUACUGCGAACCCCGAUACAACAAAGUGAUGCUCUAACCGGAGGAUCAAACAGGGCCUACCAGAUCAGAGCCACAAACGACAUCUACAUGCUUUCAUUUCUUUCCUUGGACCAUCAGUGAUUGGAUUCGGCCGCCUACCAACAUCACAGACAGCAUGACGCUAGAGGAGUUCAGGGCCAAUGUUGGAGCUCCAUCUACCGCCAAGCACUAGAUCGAGGCUCCCUUGUAAAUAGCUUUAAUGACGCACAUACAGUUGUUUUGGCGUGAAUGCUCAUUUUUUUAAGCCAGGGUUUCUCACAAAUUCCUGAAGGAUUGACAGCCCAUAUACUAGUAUGAUGUCAAAACUUACGUGAAUUGACGCCAACAAAGUUUUACAUUUUAGCUUUUGAUCCGGAGAUGCGAUAACUUACACCUAAUGACAAGAUAGUGAUUAUUGAGUCACAAAAAUACUAACACCCAUGAUAAAUCACGAUGUUUUUAAAUGUGAAGCAUCAGCAUGUAUUUGUAAAUAAAAUAUUUUUGUAUUUAGAUUUUGACAUGUCAUUUCAUGUAUAAUUGGAAAAUCACAGAUGGUUCGUUCUUAUACACGUACAUAAAUAAUUAUCAAUUCAUUUCAUAUUUUAGUCUCUAGAUAACAUGCUCUUCCGUAACACAUAUAUAAGCGAUAUUGCAUCAUCGUCUGAACUUUGUGAUUACACAGGUCAGUCGAUGUGAAUGACUCAAAAUCACAAAGAACGCAGUUCACAAUGUUCAGAAACUAGCACGCGUUAUCAAAGAGCCAUAUUUAGUAAUACUAUAUUAGUAAGGGGAUUUUGUUAUUUUGAACUUUAUUUCAUUAUCAAAUUUUAGUAGAAACCUACGUCACGGACACCUACCUGGCGGAUAUCAUAUUCUUCACUAUCCAUGACUUACCUUUACAAAGUUUGAAACAAAAAUGUUAGUGGUACCACAUUUCGUCUGGCGAAUGCCGAUAUAUAUGGUAUCAGUUUUCGUCUUAGGAAUAAGUUACUGUCAAAAUCGAACCGCUUUCUUGAUUUUAUAGAAGGUAUAAAAUAUAUCUAACACGCUAUAAACUUAAACCUGAACCACCUUCUGACUGAUAAUCUAGCUUGAAUACGGUACAAAAUCUCGAAAUCUAGCGUUGAACAGUAAUAUCUGAAGGUACCAAGCGUAUUAGCCGAAUAUUCUACAUAAAGCCGGAUCGUGACCUUUAUGAUAUCUGGAAAUGCUAUGUAGGUCAUUUGGGUCGAGCCAAUAUCUGCACAUGUUACAUCCGCCUGCAGGUGUCCUUGAUGUAUGUUACUAACCUUAUCAUUGACCUUUAUUUCCUUUUAGAUUAUUCUGUCUGUGUGUUUCAUACGAAAAAAUAAAAUACUGCUUUUAUAGAUGA